AUGUCGCCGAAGGGCCGGCGCUGCCCGGGCGGCGGCGAUCCGCGGGGCGAGCGCGGCUUCGGCCGUUCCUCGCCGCGCCCUCCCACGCAGGACGAGCCGCGGCACGCGGGCCGCCUGACCUCCCUGCGCCUCAGGGAGCGGCGGCUGCAGCAGCCGCUGCUGAAAAGCUGCUGGCGACCGGCUGGCGCGGCGCGCGGGCCACAGCCUCCACUUCGCACAAUGGCGGGAAACAGGCGCCGCCGACCGCGCUGCCUGCGACCUGGGUGGAGCUCGUGCGGUAGCGAGGUGGGGGGGGUGGGGCGGGGGGCGACGGGUGCGCGCGGCGCGGCCCCGCGCGUGGAGGAGGGGCGACGGGCUCCUCGGGGGCGAGGCACUCGGCAGCCAUCUUGGAGUCUGGCAGAAGGCCGGCUCACGCCGCCGGGAGGAGACCGUCAGCGUGGAGCCGUGGGGUCGCGAGCCGCGGGCGGGUUUAUGCGGUUUGUCACCCAGCGCCAGCGUGGGCAGGGGAACUGCCGCCGUCGGGUUCAUGAACUCCCAGUAAGAGUCCUUGAGCAGUUCGAAGGCCUCGACAGCCCUGAAGCCCAAACUCAGGCCUCAGACUCGGCUCCGGGCCCUGCUCCUCCUCCUUUGCAGUCAGCCUUGCCCCCCCCAACACAGCAGCAGGUACUGGCUAGACCUGCAGGCCCCUUGGUGCAAACGCCACCGCCUUUUCUGCUUCAAAACCAAUAUGAACCUGUUCAACCCCACUGGUUCUACUGCAAGGAAGUAGAAUACAAACAACUGUGGAUGCCCUUCAGUGCAUAUGACUCUAUGAAUCUUGAAGAAAUCUAUAAUUCAGUCCAGCCAGACCCUGAGAGUGUGGUUCUGGGGACGGACGGAGGACGUUACGACGUUUACCUGUAUGACCGAGUGAGGAAGCCCGUGUACUGGGAAGAGGAGCCAGCCGAAGUGAGGCGCUGCACGUGGUUCUACAAGGGGGACACGGAUAGCAGAUUCAUUCCCUAUACUGAGGAGUUCGGUGAAAAGCUAGAGGCGGAAUAUAAAAAAGCUGUAACCACGAACCAGUGGCACCGCAGGUUAGAGUUCCCCAGCGGAGAGACGAUUGUUAUGCACAACCCAAAGGUUAUUGUCCAGUUCCAGCCUUCCUCAGUGCCAGAUGAAUGGGGGACCACACAGGAUGGACAGACGAGGCCCAGGGUUGUCAAACGGGGGAUUGACGACAGCCUGGACGAGAUUCCUGACGGAGAAAUGCCACAGGUUGACCAUUUAGUGUUCAUGGUGCAUGGCAUUGGACCUGUGUGUGACUUGCGCUUCAGAAGCAUUAUUGAAUGUGUGGAUGAUUUUAGGGUGGUUUCUCUCAAAUUGCUGCAGACACAUUUUAAGAAAUCUUUAGAUGAUCAGAAAGUAAGCAGAGUGGAAUUCCUUCCAGUUCAUUGGCAUAGUUCCUUGGGUGGGGAUGCCACAGGUGUUGACAGGAAUAUUAAGAAAAUCACUUUACCAAGUAUUGGUCGGUUCCGUCACUUUACCAAUGAAACCUUGCUAGAUAUUUUGUUUUACAAUAGCCCCAGCUACUGUCAGACGAUUGUGGAGAAAGUAGGCCUGGAGAUAAACCGCCUGCAUGCGCUCUUCAUGAGUCGGAACCCAGACUUCAAAGGAGGGGUCUCCCUGGCUGGUCACAGUUUAGGCUCUUUGAUACUGUUUGACAUACUGUCCAAUCAGAAAGAUUUGAGUUUAUCCAAGUCUCCUGGGCCUCUUGCUGUUGCUAACGGAGUCAUGAAACAGCCACAUUUUCCAGACAAGCAGAUGACUGAAGAGCCCAAGCUGACUUUGGAUGAGUCUUGUGAUCUUGAUGUUGAAAAUGAAGAAGCCCUAACUUUGAAAGAAACUCUGGAAGCACUUAGCCUCUCGGAAUACGUCAGCACUUUUGAAAAGGAAAAGAUUGAUAUGGAGUCUCUGCUUAUGUGUACCGUUGAUGACCUGAAGGAGAUGGAGAUACCCCUUGGGCCCCGGAAGAAGAUAGCUAACUUUGUAAAACACAAAGCAGCCAAACUGGAGCAGAAAAAAGCGGCAUCAGAAAAGAAGGCAGCGAUGGCCACUGCGACAAAAGAGCAAGAGGAGAGUGCUCAGAAGGCUAAAGAAACAGCUGCUCUCCCUUCAGAGUCGAACGGGUCGAAGCGGAAACUUCCAGUCGGUGCUUGUGUUUCCUCUGUGCACGUUGAUUACGAGUCUUUCGGAGUUGGCACCGGACAGGUUUCUGUUGUUUACAACUCCUUAGACUUUGAACCAGAGAUUUUCUUUGCCUUGGGAUCCCCAGUUGGUAUGUUCCUCACAAUUCGAGGAGUGGACAGGAUAGACGAGAACUACAGACUCCCUACCUGUAAGGGGUUCUUCAAUAUUUACCAUCCUCUUGAUCCGGUGGCCUAUCGAUUGGAACCUAUGAUCGUUCCAGAUUUGGAUUUGAAGGCAGUGCUCAUUCCACAUCACAAAGGCAGAAAGAGGCUUCAUUUAGAGCUGAAAGAAAGCCUCUCUCGCAUGGGAUCUGAUCUGAAGCAGGGUUUCAUUAGCUCCCUGAAAAGUGCCUGGCAGACCUUGAAUGAGUUUGCCCGUGCUCAUACCUCUUCAACUCAGUUGCAAGAAGAAUUGGAGAAGGUAGCCAAUCAAAUCAAAGAAGAGGAGGAAAAGCAAGCAGUUGAAGCAGAAAAGAUUGUUGAAAAUCCGGAUUUGCCUGAGGAUGAGGACCGCUCAGGAAAGGUGGGAAUGUUAAACGGGGGCCGCCGUGUCGACUACGUUCUUCAAGAGAAGCCAAUAGAGAGUUUCAAUGAAUAUCUUUUUGCACUUCAGAGUCACUUAUGCUAUUGGGAAUCUGAAGACACUGCCCUGUUAUUACUUAAAGAAAUUUAUAGAACAAUGAACAUCAGUCCAGAACAGCCCCAGCAUUGA